UUGCUAUCACAUACCGAACCGUCCGGCCACACUGCUCUCCGUCUUCUUCUUGUCAUCCCUUCCGUUUCCCUUUCUUUUCGUCUUCACGUUUCCGCGGGAGUAUUACGAUACGUUCGCGUUCGUGUAACUUUGUGUUUGCAAAUCAAUCCAGAAUGUUUAUGCCAAAGGCCCAUCGUGUCGCGAUCUACGAGUACCUCUUCAAGGAGGGCGUGAUCGUGGCCAAGAAGGAUUUCCAUGCCCAGAAGCACCCGGAACUGGAGUCGAUCCCCAACCUGCACGUGAUCAAGGCGUUGCAGUCGCUCCACUCGCGCGGACUGGUGAAGGAGCAGUUUGCCUGGCGCCACUACUACUGGUACCUCACCAACGAGGGAAUCGAGGAGCUGCGCAGCUACCUCCACCUGCCGCCCGAGAUCGUGCCCUCGACGCUGAAGCGCCCUGCCCGCUCGGAGACCGUCCGUCCCCGUCCCGCCGUUGGCGGCCCACGCGGACCCGGUGACGCCACCAAGACCGGUGAGGAUCGCUCCGCCUACCGACGUGCUCCCGGCGGCAGCGGAGUGGACAAGAAGGGCGAUGUUGGACCCGGUGCCGUAGAGGUCGAGUUCCGUGGCGGAUUCGGACGCGGAUCGCGCAACUAAACAACCCAGGCGCUUCAGUUUUUUUUUUCUAAUGUAUAAAAAUCACUCAGUAAAAUGUUGAACUGAAGAUCCAUACCCUCAACAAUAGAAGAAACCAACAUCUGAAAAAAUGUGUGUGUUUUAUAUGACGAUCAAUUAUAAAGCAAACGCAAGUGAAA